ACGGAUUGGGACGCGUGUUCGCGAACUGAAACUGAAUUCGAUUGUCGCCGCGACGUGCAAAUUGGAAAGCAAUCCAUAUAGACAAUAUUUAUUGUCGCUUAAUUAAUUUAUAUUAAUUUGUAUGCAAUCAAAUAAGCAAACAGAAAAUACACCAAAACAUAUAUACAUAUAUUCAAGUGAGAAUGAAAUGCAAGUGAAGCAAAACAAUUAUGCCUUGUGCUUUUCACAGUCUUGUUAAUUGAAACCAAAUUAUUAUUGAAAAUAAUGAACCAUUAGCCCUGGAAAAAAAGUUAAUGUAUCAAAACCCCCAAACCGAAAUGGCCAAUCAUUCGCCGGAACGAGCUGAACCCACUCCUUCUCAGACACCAAGUCCACAAUUAACCCAUCGACGUCACAACUCCACAUCACAAAAUGACAGGAACUCUAUUAAACGAGUUUCAAGCCCCACUCCAAGUAGUACUGAUAUUAUUGGUGAUGUUGUCGGUGAUUUUGGCAUUUGGCAGUUGAGAACUAUAUUGAUUCUAUUCCUCUGCAAGAUUCCUGCUGCCUGGUUUAUGGCCUGCAUCAUAUUCACAGGACCAGAACUCUAUGCUGGCUCCGAAUUCAUCUGCGAUACAAACUACUUGGAUGCUGGAGCCAAUUCUAGCAUGAUCUCUAAUGAUCAAUGUUAUGUGGUGGAUGGGAUGACUGGCAGUAGAAGAGAGUGCGAACAUUUUAUCUAUAUAUCAGACUUCGAUUCCCUGAUCAUGAAAUUCAAUUUGGUUUGUCUGAGAGAUAUAUUUGUGGCUUGGACACAAUAUUGGCAUUUGUUUGGUGUUCUAGUUGGCGGUGUUGUGGGCACCAAAAUGAUGACCAGCAUUAGUCCAAGAAGCACCUAUUGUGUGGGUGCUGUGGCCCAGAUUGUAUGCGGAGUUGUUACCGGCUAUGCCCAGGAUUUCAAUUUGCAUUGCGCCUUUCGUUGCCUGUCAGCUGUGUGUUGUGCCAUUAUGUUCACAGCUGGUCAGGCUAUAUUUGCCGACAUCACAAGCGGUAUUCAUCGCAUAGGGGCCAUCAUUUUAUAUGACACUUUCUGGUCGAUUGGUGUCAUUCUCUUGCCUGGUCUUUCCUCAUUCUUCAAUAGUUGGUCCCUGAUCUAUGUGGGCAUUACGUUUCCCACAAUUAUGUUAAUAUUCCUACUCUACUGGACACCUGACUCACCGCGUUGGCUACUUCGUCAUGCUGUUGAUCGUUAUUCCAUUGACAAUGUCGAGGAAAUUCUAAGGGAAGGAGCUAAGAUCAAUGAUCGUACCUUUAAGAUUCCACAAGAUUUCCGUCAGCAGUUGGAACAGUUAAGUGAGACAUUAAAGGCACAACCAGCUCCACCUUCAUGGAAGGAAUUGUGGGUUGGCAAGCGAGCCAAGACCCAUAUGAUAGCUGCUCAUUUGGCUUUGGCCUUCUUUGUCAUUAACUUUAUGGGCAUGCUUCUGAAUAUACGUUCAUUUGGCAGAGAUUAUCUAGUGCCCAAUACCAUUGCCAUGGGAUUCUCUGAGAUUGUUGGCUGCUUUCUAGCUUUACAUUUCACACUCAAACAUAAUAAAUGGAAAUGGCAAUGUGCUGGCAUUUUCAAUAUACUGGCUGGUUUCCUUGGCUGCUUGGGUUGGAUCUGGACAGAUGCGGAUAGCAUGGAUGUCGAUGUAAAGGUCACCCUUUGGAUGAUUAUAGCAACCAUACCCAAGGCAGCUGUUUCCUGUGCUCAAUCCAUGUUGUUGGCUUGCAUGAAUGAAGUGAUGCCACCGAAUAAGAAGCAACUAUAUGUCUUUUCCGUAGUCACCUGGGCUCGUGUGUGGUUGCUAUCGGCUCCAUUCUUCAAUGUUCUAAAGAAAAUUGAUACCGCCCUGUCUCUUACCUCAUAUUGUGUAUUUAGCAUUUUGGGUGGCAUUUGCACAUCUCUAAUCUUAACGCCCAGGACAAGUGUUUCACCUGUGGUGCCUCAGUUGGUGGUGGAGCACGACAAGAAGGACCAAUCAUCGCCGCUAAAUGCUCCAGUUUGGACCGUAGAAUCGGAAGUGAAUAAUACCAGAUUAUAGAUAAUUUUUUUAUGGAUUUGCCAAUUUGUAUUAGCUUUUCUCUCUGUGAUUAGUUUAAGAUUAAAUGCGAUUAAAGUGUAAA